AUGGUCACUAUAUUGAUAUUGCACGAGACCACAACCCACUACACCACGCCGCCAGUUGCUUGCCGAAGGCUCCGAGCGCGGCCAUAUCCGCGCUGGAAAACUUUCGACAAAGUCUCAAUUCUCAACUCGUUGUCGAGCGGAGACCAUGCCCUAGUUAGAGCCCUUUUUUUCUAUAAUUGUCUCUCUGAAAAAUAAAACGAAAAUUCAAAAAACGUUCAAACUCGUUGCGAAAUUAAUAAGAUUUUUCCAACAAUAAGAAGCCCGCGAGGGGUCCAGCUAAGUCGCUAUUGAUUCGAGGUUGUUAGGGGCAUAUCUAGGAUUCCCCGAAAUCCUUAAAUAUUUUAAAAAAAUCCCUUUUUUUCUAUCCUUAAGAUAUGUAAAAAACUUUUCAGGCAAAAAAUUUCAAGCCGAAAAGCGCCAAAAAGCCUCCGAGCCGUCAUCCUACAGAAUCAAAACACCCGACGCCUGUGAUUGGUGAAUUUUUUUCCAAAGAAAAAACCGCGAAAACGGUAACUAAGUGGGAAAUGAUAUUUCUCGAUUGAAAUCGAAAAUCUAAGAAUUAUUUUUUUACACUGUGUUCUUUCUAGAGUCUGCAAAAAUGAUUUUUCGAGCAUUUUGAAAGAUCAAAACUUGGACUAUUGGGUUCAUAAUGACACUUUGAUAGAUCAAAAUUUGACAUUUCAAAUGAUUAUUCGACAUGAUUAGGGACCAUAUUUUCAAAAUUUUUUUUCCUGGGUCAAGUUACUUGUGGUUGCGUUGAUUCGUUUCAAGUCGGGAAAAACUGACUAUACAAAAAGUCGUUUUUCGUACGACAAUCCGCUGGUACCCAUCCAAACUAACAAAUAAGAUGAAAGAGGAAGGUUUCUUGUAUAUUUCCACCAAUUUUCUUCCGGCAUAAUUGAAUAUUGCGUUUGUACGGAAGUUGCGAACCGAGCCAAAAUUAUAUCCUGAAAAGGGGCUUUGAGGUCUCUAACUGAACUUUUUUAAAGUAACGAUCCACGAGGUUCUCGUGCCGCUUCCCAAGAUUCCACAACGAGAAGUAGUAAAAGUUCUGUCAGCCUCAGACUUUGCGCGCACGUUACCUUUUUUCCAUGGGUUUGAUGACUAAUUUCCAAAAAAGUCUAAAAUUAUCAAAUUCAGCUAUCUGCCAGCUUUUGAAACAGUCCAGCUUUUGACAUUUGCAGGAGACUUCCUUUUACGCUUUGUAGAGGGUAAUCCGGUGGAAACAUGUUGGAUCAAGUUUCGAAAAUCGACAUUUUUCAGAAAACGAUAAAGUUAGAGUAAUUCUCAGCGUUGGACUCACGUUCGAGCAGUCUAGUAAGCUAAGGGACAAGCAAGAAAACGAACGGAGAGGCUGGAAGAAGGUUUUUAUGAACGAGCAGAAACAAGAAGAGGGAGAUGGUGAGGAAACAUGGAAUUUAUAUGAAGUUUUCUACUAUUGGGGAAAAAACUGUUAUAUAGUCUUAGUGAUAAAAAGACAUUCUAAAUGCUCUAUUGAGCUGAAAAAACCAAGCAAUUUCUAGUUCAAAUCAAGAAAGAUGCAUUUGAAAUGACCAUCUUUUCACAUUGAGAAUCGUUUGAAAGCAAGGUGGCAUUCAGAAAAGAUCAGUUUCUCAUUUCGUAAGAGUUGAUCAAAAAAGGAAUUCCAGAAGCGGUUUGAAUUUCAAAACAAUUUUGGAAAAAAACUUUUGGAAUGGCUAGAAUCGCCUACGAAGAGCUACGAGAAAGUCAAGAAAAAAGCCAUUCCAAAUGCGACCAAAAAUGAGCUUGACUCUUGCGGCAGUUGGAAUGACAGCAUGCAGGGGGAAUUUCAAAAGUUCCUCAAUUUCAAGAUAAACGAUGUAAACAUUGGAUAAAUGUCCUUCGUAGCCCUAACUUUGAGCCACAAAAACCAAAAAAAUUCCGGAAUAUCAAAAAAUAUCUUCAAGUUCAAUCUGAUUUUUUUUCAGGCAAGAGGAACACGUUUAAUACGCUUUUGGAAUCCGAGCCUCGAGUGGUAGAUGAAAAGACAGUUCUUGUACGGCAUUACAUUAUCGAAGAGGACGAAAACGGCGUAUCCAUUGACGAGGAGAAAUAUUUUCCAAACCUUAAAUGUCUCCUGGCGUACCAUCUUUUCGGCAAUCUAGAGGUGAGUCAGUUAAAAAUUGAGAAAAAACGCCCAUGGGGUUCAAUUUUUUUUUCUGAAAGUCUCGAAAACGUUCAAAAUUAACAUCAAGGGUCAAAAAAGUGGUCAUUUAAAAUGAAAAUAGAGAGUUUAAAAAAAACGCCGUCGAAAUUUGAUCUUUUGCGCUCCACGGCUAAACUUUUCAAUACUUUAAGAAAACAGCCAUCAAACUUGCGCUCUGCCGAUGAAAUAAGAAAUUGGCUUACGUGAACUUUUAAAUUCAAAUCUUCACAGCUAUCCCUUCCUUUUUUCAGGAACCACAAGAGUUCUGGCUUCGGAACCCUGUGAAUCGUCAGUAUGGCUCGUUCCGUUCGUCCCAAAUAAAGAUUUUGUCUAUAGUGAGGACUUUUCGAAGAAAACUUUACUAAAAACAAGAAUUAUUUUUGGUUAAAUAUAACGGCAAAAAUUAAUUAUUUAAUCUUUUUUUUUUCAAAAACUCAAGAGCCAAAGUAUUCAAUUUUCUGUCCAAUUAGAGAUUAUCGUUUCCGAAUUUUGCAGCUCGGGUGCGGAGCCUAUGGCGAUGUCGCUUUGGCCGAUAUCGCCCAUCCGGCAUUUGAGAGCACAAAGGCGGCCAUCAAGACAGUAGGUCUUUGAAAAACGAAUUUUUUUUUAUGAAAAGAGAAAAAAGUGUAGGAUAACUAUUUGGUCGAGAUUUAAAAAAAGUGUUGAUUUGUGAAUCCAAGGAAUUCCCAAGGCAUCGGCGAAUGAAAUGAAAAUUAAGAUGAAAUCGCCCCUUUUUAGAGCAUUUUCUAGUGCUUUGAACGGUAGAAGUUCUAACUCUUGGAGGUAAACUUGUUCAAAAUGGGGAGCAAACGUUUCGAAGACUUCGGAUCACGGCAACGCUUCAGAGCAAUCCUAGUGAUCCCUUUAGCGGCGGUAGUGCUCUUAAGUGAUUACUAGAACCGUUCAGAUGCGUUUUUUUUCAGUUAACAUGAUCCUAGUCCUGUCAAAGUCGUAGAUUACAAUAAAAUUUGGUGGCCGGUUGAACUUUUGAUGAAACUUCGCUGAAAUGUACUUUAAGACCUCCUCUUUCCAUAACACGAAUAAAAUUUCUCUCAAUAAAUCUCGUUUUCGAGUUAUGAAGCUUCAAAGUUUGCACGCUGAAGCAACUGCAAGGCAAGAGGAAAUGUGGCUCGCGUACGAUUCCUCUCCUCCAUUUGGCAGCGUGGUGUAGUGGCUAGCGUUCUUGCACUGCGGUCUAUGACCUGAGUUCGAAAAUUUUUGAAGAAAUUCAUUUUUGCCAAAACUUUUCUAGGAGGAAUUCAUCGAAAUUGGGGAAAUGGACCGAAACUUCCUUUCCAAAAUAACAACUUUUCACAUUUUACUCGAUUUACCAAGACUUUCGACAAACCAUACUUUUUUUUUCAAGAUUCUAGAGGAGACUUACUCAUUUUUGUGUGGCGUAAGUUUUUAUUUGAUUUCUUUUAAAUUAUCAACUAGACUGAAACGCUGAUUAAAAGACAUGUAGAGCUGUUUUACCCAAAAAAAAAGGGACAAUUCAUCAUGUUUAUAAGCGGAAGAAAGCUUUUUAAUCGGUUUACCGAAUCAAAAUGAAAAAAAUGGUAAUUCGGAAAUAAAUGUCUUAUUGAUUUCAACAAUGUCGAUGAAAUGCUCCUAGGAAAGUUUUGGCAAAAACAAAAUUUCUUCUAAAAGUAUCGAACCCCGGUCAUAAACCCCGCAGUGCAAGGAUGCUAGCCACUACACCACGCUGGCAACUAGAGUAGAGGAAUCGUACGCGAGCCACAUUCCCUCUUGCCUUGCAGCACUUAAUCAGCGUGUAAAUUUUGAAGCUUCAUAACUCGAAAACGAGAUCUAUUGCGAGUAAUUUUAUUCGUGUUCUGGAAAGAGGAGGUCUUAAAGUACAUUUCAGUGAAGUUUCAUCAAAAGUUCAACCGGCCACCAAAAACACUUCACUUGUGAGGACAAAAAACGUAAUUUGAUGGUUUUCAGAUUAAGAAAAAUCACCCGGAGAAGCUCGAACUGGAGCGGAAGUUUCUUAUAGAAGGGCGGAUAUCAACACAUUUGAGGCACAACAACAUCGUCCGCACUUACGGAUUCUGUUUUGACUCCAGUCCAAUUCAACUAGUCUUGGAAUUUUGUGCAGGUGAGGGUUCCUAACGACAUGUCUUCCAAUCUUUAUGAAAAUAUUAUGAGAAGGACCAGUUAAGAAACUUUGAUAGAUAUUUUCAAUUGGAGAGCCUAGAUUUUCGAUAUCUCAACCGAGUUUUGGUCAGUUUCUUCCUAAAAUCUUGAAAUUGAUCGGAUCAUUAUAGUCAAUAGUUCCCGACUUGAAAGGCGAAGGAGGCGGGGCAAAGGGCGGGACGCGUAGCGUGUGCGAUCGCGGUUCUUGGCACGAGUUCAAUUAAAAUGUCGCCGACUACUUAAAAAGCUCGGCAACCGCUCUUUUUCAAGGUUUUCUACUAUUUUCUGAUGCACACAUGGACAUAAUCAAUGAAUAAUUGAAAAAGGAAUGAAAAAAGCGAAAAACGGGUUUUUCAAAGAGUAGAUGGCGGUUGAAUUGAACACGUGCCAAGAACCGCGAACACGCACGCUACGCGUCCCGCCCCUUGCCCCGCCUCUUUUGCCUUUCAAGUCGGGAAACAUUGACUAUACCGUGUUCCAAGUAAUUUUGACAAUUGAGAAAUGAUGAGUUUUUCCUUCGAAGUGAUUAUGCAAAACUCUGGGAGCUGUGAGAAAAGUUGGGUCCCACAACGAGAUGGCGACUUUAGCGCACUAAGUCCCAAUUUUUGGAUUAAUGUACACUUUGCCAAGGUUUCGAACUCGCCCUUAAAAGUCGCUCGUCGGACCCAAUUUUUCGUACAGCUCUCGAGAUUUCAGUACCGCGUAUUUUGGAAAUUCAUUUCAAACAAAAAACGUGUUAGUUUUGGAAUUGUGUUUAAUAUCUGUUUUGGACUGCCUAACAUUCGAAAUUCUGAUUUUUGGUCAUUCUCCGCCGAAAGCUUUAGUAGAAGUCUUGUUCUUUUGAGCUUAACGACCUUUAAUUUUUCAUUUGAUAUCAUUUUUGAAGGCGGUGCUCUGAGCACUUACUUGGCCACUCAAUCUGAGAAGGCGUCGAAUUUCUACCUAACAAGGAUUUGCCUUGACGCCGCCCGCGGUGUACUCUAUCUCCACGAGUCUAAAAUCCUGCACCGCGACAUCGCUGCCCGAAACUGUCUGUUAGACGCAACAGGAACGGUAUUUCCAUAAAACCUGCCAAAAAUUGAUUGACACACGUUUUCAGGCCAAAUUGUCCGACUUUGGGCUAUCAGUGAAGGGCUUGUAUUACCAAAUGGUCCAAUCGGAAAACCUUCCAACGAAGUAUCUUGCGCCCGAGUGCUUGGUCGACUUUGCCUUCAAUACUCAAUCCGACGUUUACGCCUUCGGGGUUUUCCUUUUGUUCAUAUCUGGCCAGGAAGGUUGAGAACUAUCUGGUGAUUGCUCAGGAUAUUCCUCGAUGUGCCAGAGGGGAUGCCUGAAAGUCUCUCACUCUUGACACUUCUAGUCUGAGUUUCACAAAAACUAGAAAGAUUUGAAUUUUGUCUUCGACUCCGUUUCUCAAAAACUGAAGAGUUGUGCAGUUUGAAACUUUCGGGGCCUUCACUUGGUACGUCUAGCAGUAUUCUAGCCAUUUUUCAGGAAGCUUCCCACCGAAAUUUCGAACGUCCUUCAAUAAGAGUAUCGAAAUAAAAUGAAAUGCGAAUUUGGGUGUUUUGGCAACCAUUACCUCUAUAAAUAUCAAUUCUUUUCACAACCAUUUUUCUGCGGCCAAGUUCGCAUUCUCAAAAAUUGUACAGCAUGUAGUCUUGAGUAUUUUGGAGCAUUUUGACAACAUUCUGAUCUUUUUUUGGAGGCUAUUUCUUCAGAACUAGUUUUCUAUGGCUAAAUUGAAAACUUAUUAUAGCAUUUCGUUUGCCAAGUCUUUAACCGAUGUCAGGAGCCGUAUCCUAAUUUGAAAAAUUCGGAAGCACGCAAAGCGGUUGGUUUUUUAUUUUUUACGAAAAAAACUCCCCAUUUUUGCAGAUUGUUGCCGGGCAGUUUCCUCAAGUGCACAGUCGUGCCCCUGAAGCUCUUCGCGUCUACGUGGAGAGUAGUCUGUUUGCCUACCACCCGAUCUACAGGCCGCCCAUGUAUAGGGUAUAGCCUCUUUUUUCAGUGCGACACGAAAUAACCCCAAAAAUUGAAAAAUCUGUAUUCCCUAAAAUUGUAUUUGAGUUAAAGUCACUGAGCUACCCUUUCGAGAAGUUAAAAUGCUCUACAGAAAAAUUUUCAGUCCUUUAAUCUUUAAUUAUCAAAAAACGGUCAUGCGGUUUAUAGUCAAUGUUUCCCGACUUGAAAGGCGAGAGAGGCGGGGCAAGGGGCGGGACGUGUAGCGUGUGCGUUCGCGGUUCUUGGCACGAGUUCAAUCCAAUUGCCGCCGACUAUUUAAAAAGCUGGGCAACCGCUCUUUUUGCAAUGUUUUCUCCUAUUUUUUGAUGCAAACAUGGAUAUAAUCAAUAAAUAAUUGAAAAAAAGGUAUGAAAAAGAGCAGAAAAACGGGCUUUUCAAAGAGUCGAUGGCGGUUGAAUUGAACACGUGCCAAGGACCGCGAACGCACACGCUACGCGUCCCGCCCCUUGCCCCGCCUCCCUCGCCUUUCAAGUCGGGAAACAUUGAAUAUAUAAUUAAAUUUGCGGUUUCUUUUUCGUUCCUCAAAAAAAGGAUACUCGAAAAAAAUCCAAUUUAUUAAUCACAGAAUAAAAAAACAGUAGAUUGAAGCUCUCAAAAAAGGAUGUGAUAAUAAAAAAGAACAUUCAGGUUGUUGAAUAUCUCAACAAGGUAGUCAGAGGAUUGAAAGAGGUUAGAAAUCCAACUUUUCUUUUCAAAAAUGAUUAUUUUACAGGAUUUUCCGGGAGAGGAGUGCCAAAUGGAGUUUGAAAACAGCAAAAUGCUGAACAGUUUGCAACCGAGCGUUCCCAAAGAGGUGACCUUUUGAUUGAAUCUUUCUCUCGUGCAUUUAGACCCGAAAGCCAUACUGGGAAACGCCCUAAACAUUCCGAAUCCUUCAAAACGAAACCCCGACUUGAAACGGCGUGCGCGUGAAGAUGUCAAGGAGCGUUGAGCCAUUCCCAGUGCGACCACUCUGUUUCUAGUCGUGGCCAAUUUCUUAUUUCUUAGCUUAGUAUGAAAAUAGGGUGGGAAAAUUGGAAAUUCGUCGAAAACUUGAUAGGAGAACCCCAAGAGAUCCACUUUUUGAGCCAAAAUCUUUUGCAGAACGUUUUUGAGCUGGUGGAACCCAGCACGGCUACUCAAUCGCCACCGACGGAAGUCCCAGACCAAUGA